GCAAAAUCUUUGUCCAAAUUCAAGAUCUGACCCAUCUGUCAAAUACAGCCUGCCACACAUUAAAGAAACAAGCAAAGCCAGGUGUGUGCUCUCUGUAUGGAACUAUGUUGGUACUCAUCACUAGCAUCCCUUGGCCAAACAGUAUGUUAGUGGCAUGAAAUUUUUACCAAAGUUGACUCACUCAAAGCCGAAGUGGUGGAAAACAUCCUCACUCUUCAAUCUUGUCAUAAUACUUAUAACGAAGGACUAAAACAUUUUCCACAGAAAACCUAAUGAGAAAUGUGCACCCAAUCCAAAGCAGAGUGCAGUCUAGAAACAAGCACCCUGAAAGUAAAAAAUUGCUAAGUACAGCCAAGGCACUUGUACAUAAAUGAAGUGGCGUGAUUCCAGUGAGCAAGAAUGGGUGAAAAACAUCCUGAGAAGUCUACACCUUUGCCAAGUCCAUCAAUGUAUUCCUUGAUACUCAUGCCCCACUCUUAGAUAAGCAGCCUUACGAGAAGACAGAGGGGUUUUGGAGUCAGCCUUCUGCGCUGGUGCAGAUGAAAAAGAGACAAAGACUUCAAACCACAAAAAGUAUGUUGGUGGGAGGCAGUAGGGGGGGGAUGCUACAAAGACAUUUCAUACGCUAUUUUAUUCCAAGCCUUUUCACUUGCAGCAAAACAUCAAUUUUUGCAUUUAUAGAUUGCAAAAUAGGCUUUUGCAAUCUACCUAGGGGAAAAUCUAGCUACAACAGUGUCUGUUAGAAUUUGAGCUGAGUCUACAACACCUCCCCGAGCCAUUCACCGGUUUCAGACAAUCCUUCCAGAAUCCUGGUCAUGUUGCGGGGAGAAAAACAAAGCUCCUAGCAAACCACCCACCUUGCUCUCCCGAGCUGAUGCCGGGCACCCUGGGGUGAGCCGGCACCUGAUGGGGAGCCCCCUGGCAGUCCCUCCUCCCCAGGGACCAAGGCACCAAGCCACCCAGGCACCAAGCUCUGCAGCCAAGUCCUCCCACAGAGCCACUCCAGAAUCCCUCCUUUUUUUUUUUUUUCUUUUUUUUUUUUGCCUUCCCUCUUUGUUUUUUUUUUUUUUCUUUUUUUUUUUUUUUUUUUUUAGGAUUUCCUCCCCGUGGAUGAGUGGCUCUUUCCACGCGCACUGCCAAGGUCCAUCCUUCCGUCCCUGGCCGCGCACCCGGCACUGGGCGUGUAAGCGGGGCCCUAUGUAACCCCCCGCCGGCUCUGCCCCGCCGCAGCAGCUCUGGGCCGCCCUCGGGGAGCCCCGACGGCCUCUCCCCGCUCCUCGGGCUCCUUCUCCUGCCGGCCCGGGACCUGCCACCGGCCUCCCCCGGGAUGCCUCCUCCCCUGGCGGCCGGCCAGCCGCCCGCACCCUCCUCUCCGCGCUGAGGCCGCGGAGCCCUGCGCCGCCCGCGGAGAGCCCGACGGCAGCUCCGGGAGCAGAAAGCGAAAGUACCUGCGGCCGGCGGAAGCCCCAUGGGAAAAGCAAAGCCCGGCCGAGCCGCCGCCGGGUCUGACAGCGCCGCGCCCCCCGACGGCAGCCGCCCGGUGUGCUGAGCUCGCCCCUUCUCCCGCUCCCCCCCUCGCGGCUCUGCUCGCCCCCUGGCUCAGCGGGCACCAUGGGCGAGACGGCGCCACCACCAUGACCGCCGAGCCGCCGCCGCUGCUCCUUGCCACCCCCCCGGCGGACCAUGUCCCAUGCCUUUUUUAGAUCUAUCUUUCGGGUUCUGCCACUACUCCUUGUUCUGUCACCAGUGAAUUCAUCUAGUUGUACAAUGGGAAAUAAAACAGCGGAGAUCCGUGUGAAGUAUGAGAAUAUACUAAGCCACGACAUCGAUGAGCUGGUAAAUAUGUCUGCAGAGUAUCGUGACAGGUGCUGCAAGAAUAAAAAACAUGAACGUAGCAAGGUGUUCUUCUGCAAUGAUACUCAGGAAAUAGAAUCACUACAGAGUAUGGCAUGCAACAUGCUCAAAUUCUUUAAUAAGCAAAAAAUCAGCGAAGAAUUUAGAUGGAAAGCAGCAUUAGUCUCAUGUGGGACGUUACAAGUUCUACAGUGCAAAUGUGAAAGACAUAAAAAAGAAAAGGUUUGCACGCAGAUAAAUAUACACAAUAAUGAAGAUAGAGAAACAGGUGAACAGUCAAAAAAUAAAUGUAACCAUGAAUUUUGUGAACUGAAAGAGAAUAUAUCUAGCCUUCGAUCCUGCUGGAAUAAAUUUGAAAAAAUAAUUUCCAGGUGAUUCCAGGUGAAUCCUGCUCUUUUCUUUCAAAGUGGCAUUACUUGGUAUCUUUGCAUUUCAUAUGCAUCCUUUGAGUAACUCUGUUCGCUUACAUGAAUACCGGAAUUCGGAUGGAAAGCUACUGUACAUUGAUCCUGGAGAUGGAAUAAACAGAAACAGCUAAACCAAGCUGCUGAAGUCCGAGAAGGGGAAAUAGAGACCAGUGUUUGAAACAAAAAACUCCGGAGACGGUUGUGUCCCACCUUCAUGCUCUGGAAAGUACUUUGAAUUUUCUGGUCUUCUGAGUGACUUUAUAAUACCUUCAUAUGAAAGCAAUCCAGUUAGACGUCUACUGCAAUUUAUAAAAAAAUC